CUGGGAUAUUUGUCCAAACAGGAGUACAUUCUUGCGUGCAAGAAGUUAACAUGGAGAAACACUGGUCUGCAGUUUGUGCAUUGAUUUUAGCUCUUGGUGCAUUUCUGCACUUUAACUCAGUUUUUGCUGCAGAAUCUGAUGGAAAUUUAACAGUGACUCUCCCCAAACCAGGCCACUGCCCACGUCGCCUUAACGUUGUCCCAUCACAUAAGGGGUGUACGUGUGAUGAAGACUGUCCUGCAGACCACAAAUGCUGUGUCUUUGACUGUGGAGCUGUCUGUGUCCCUCCUGCUUUCACCAAGCCAGGAGUGUGUCCCCGCAGGCGUUGGGGCUCAGGGCUGUGUGCGGAGUUUUGCUCUAAUGACAGUGACUGCCCCAAUGAUGAGAAAUGCUGCCACAAUGGAUGUGGACAUGAGUGCAUUGCACCAUACACAGUGAAGCGAGGUCGAUGCGCUCAGCCCCAAGGAACUCCCAUGUGUGCUGAGUACUGCUACCAUGAUGGUCAGUGUCCAGGAGAGCAGAAAUGCUGCAGGACAACCUGCGGCCACGCCUGCAGCGAGCCCUGCUGAUUGGACAGCCAGCGACUCAGCUGCAUGUGUGAAC